CAAUUUCAAACAAAAGCAUCGCCUUGUCAAUAUUGUUUUUGUGAUUUAUUCCAUGGGUUAAAGUUGUUGGGAAAUAAUAUUUACCACGAUAAAUAAGGUUCCAACCACGGCGAUAACUAUUUGAAGUUACCGGGAUUUAUAUUUUGUAGUAAUAUCUUUCAAAACAUCUCUGAAAAAUGGUCGGGCUCGAUAGUGAUAUGAACCGGGACGACGAAUGCGAUAAUAUUGGCUUAGGAUGUGCGUUAGAGCACUUUUCUGAAGUAGAGGAUGUGUUAAACAUGAUUGAUAAUGUUAAAAAUAUAUAUAACACGCCAGCUUUGGAAGUAGAAUAUGAUAAACUUUACGGAAUCUUAAAGCAAUACUAUGAGCAACCACACUUGCUUGAUCCCCACUUGGAUAAGAUGUUGUCCAAGUUUCUGAGCCUCAUUAAAGAUAAAGACUCGCCGGUUGAGCUAAAGCAUGCAACGUUCAACUAUAUGUAUCAAAUUAUCAGAGUAAGAGGGUAUAAGAUUGUUAUAAGGCAUCUCCCACAUGAGGUCUCAGAUCUCUUAACAGUACUGACAUUCCUGGAGGCUCAAGAUCCAAAAGACAAGGAGACAUGGAGGAGCAGAUUUGUUCUGUUGCUGUGGCUUUCUAUUGUAGUGAUCAUACCAUUCCACAUGAGCCGGCUUGAUGGGUUCGCUCCUGGACAACCAGAUGCUGCUGAUGGUUCAAAAAAGUUGACAGUGAUGGAAAGAAUCUUCAAUAUUUGUAAGACCUAUGCACUGACUAAAGACUCAUGUGCUGAGGCCAGUGCUUAUUUAGCUUCCAAAUUCCUUAUCAGGUCUGAUGUAAAAGAGCUAUACAUGGGUGCAUUCUUCGACUGGGCUUGUGAUCUACAUUCCAAUCUACAAGAAGAGGAAUCCAUUCACUAUGGAGUACUGGCUGCUGUGGCCGCAGUACUGAAACAUGGCAAGAGAGAUGAUCUCCUGCCUCUCGCUCCCAAGUUGCUAGCGUGGGUUACUAAGCAAAACUAUCAGUCCCACAAGGCUAUGCUUGUUAGGAAGUAUGGGGUGAAGAUUGUGCAAAGGAUUGGGUUAACAUUCCUGCGUCCACGCGUGGUGUCAUGGCGUUACACGCGCGGCUCCCGCUCGCUGGCCGUGACGCUGGGCGGCGUGGCGGCUGCCGGGGACACCGAACCCAUCACCUCGCCUCCCGAUGACGAUGAUCAGGAUAUUCCUCAAGAGGUUGAAGACGUAGUAGAACUGCUACUAUGUUCUCUCCGCGACGACGACACGGUGGUGCGAUGGUCGGCGGCGAAGGGAGUGGGUCGCAUCGGCGCCCGACUGCCGGCACUGGCUGCAGCUGAUGUUUGCGACAGUGUGCUCUCGCUGUUCGCCGACAACGAGCGGGAGACCGCCUGGCAUGGCGGCUGUAUGGCGUUAGCUGAACUUGCACGUCGCGGGCUACUAUCCCCGGCGCAGGUGGGCGCGGGUAUCGCUAGCGUGGUGUCCGCUUUACGUCGCGACGAGCCGCGCGCGUCGCUGGGCGCGGGCGGCGGGCGCGCGGCGCGGGACGCGGCGUGCCACGCGGCGUGGGCCUUCGCGCGGGCCUACGACGCGCGGGCACUGGCGCCGCAUGCCACUGCACUCGCGCAUGCGCUCAUCACUACUGCUUGUUUUGAUAGAGAGAUCAACUGCCGUCGCGCAGCUUCAGCAGCUUACCAAGAGAACGUCGGCCGUCACGGCAUGUUUCCCCACGGCAUAGACAUUCUAACCACCGCCGACUUCCAGUCCGUAGGGCCAAGAAACAACGCCUACCUAGUCAUAGCUUCCCAAGUAGCUGCGUAUCCAGAAUAUACGCAACCACUUAUAGAUCAUCUGGUGGACCUUAAGGUGGAACACUGGGAUUGUGCGAUCAGGGAAAUCGCUGCUAAAGCGCUUCAUAAACUCACCUAUAAGAUUCCAGAUUACGUUGCGACCGUGGUACUGCCGAAACUGGUGAAGAAGACAGAGUCCAUUGACCUGAACGUGCGUCAUGGCGCCAUCCUAGCUAUCGGGGAAGCUAUUUACGCACUGUCUCAAUCUACGCUGCCUAACGGCAAUACCGCGGACUCGCUAAUAUCGGAACAGGUAUCUAUAUCGGUACGCAACCUGGUGGCGUCGCUACGUUCCCGGCAGCAGUUCCGCGGGCUGGGCGGCGAGCUGAUGCGGCAGGCGUGCUGCCAGUGCAUCGCCUCGCUUUCACUCGCUGCUGCGCCUUAUCAUGGACAUCCUAUUAUUGAUGAAUGGCUCAGUCUUAUCGAAGAGUGUCUAUCCCACGAAGUCCAAGCUAUUCGAGAGAAGGCCAUCUACGCCCUACCUCUGGUAUUCGACCAGUACCUACGUGAUGAUGACCUCAAGUACGGCGAAGUGACGGCUAAGGAGAAACGCAAGCAUUUGAUGGAUAAGUACUGCGAACAGUUGAGCAAUACCGGUGUCAAUGGACUUGUGUUGAGGAUGGGCUAUGCAAGAGCUGUUGGUUCCCUCCCAAAAUUCGUUCUAACAGAACAUCUACCAGCCGUCAUCCAAUCUUUGAUCGACUGCACCAAACUGACUGAAGGGACCCAGAAAUGGGCCGAAGGGCGUCGCGACGCCGUCGUAGGGCUUACAGAAGUAUGUCAAACGCAAGGGAUAGUUGGCGGCGUGGAGGAUUAUGUGGGGGACAUUGUAGCGGCCCUGUUGGAUAGUUUGUCGGAGUAUACUAUUGAUAUGAGAGGAGAUAUUGGCGCUUGGGUCAGAGAAGCUAGCAUGACAGGCCUUCUGUCAAUCUGUCGACAAUGCGCCGUAGAAGCUCCUCACCUAAACUCGCCGCAAGUAGUGCGUGAGAUCAUGUGUGGAGUGGCGCAGCAGGCGGUAGAGAAGAUAGACCGCACUAGAGCACAUGCCGGCAGGAUAUUCACGUCUUUGAUUUACAACGACCCACCAAUUUCAAACAUCCCUCACCACGACGCCCUAAAACGCAUAUUUCCUUGCGAGGAAGUAGAACUCAAACCCACUAAGGACACCGACGAUAUUGAACUCACAGCUACCAGCGAGAACUCUAACGUAGUGCUGUGGUUGUUCCCGGGACAUACUAUGCCGAGAUUCGUGCAGUUGUUAACGUACCCGGACUAUAGGUACAGCGUUAUUAAAGGGCUCAUCGUCAGCGGUGGGGAGCUCACUGAGAGUUUGGUUAAACAUACAACACAGUCUCUCUACUCAUACCUAAAUACUCUACACACUGACAAAGUGAUGCUUACUUCUAUAUGCGACACCAUCAUCAAAGUGUUCGCUGACAAUUUGCACGUCAAGAGAAUUACUGGACCUAUAUUUAACUUCUUAGAUAGACUGCUGAGUUCGGGGUCCAUUUCGCCAAUACUGGAUGACCCGGAGUCUACCUUUGCUAUGGACAUACUGAAGCAUCUACAAUUGGAACUGAGAGGAGGGAAGAAUAUUUACAAACUCCUGGAUUCCAUCAACGUUUUGUGUCAAUUAAUCCAGGUGGGAGGAGUAGUUUGCAGCCGAUCUCUAGGACAACUAGUGAUCUACCUGUGUUACGCCGACCGCUACGUGCGUCGCUGCGCCGCCGCGAGACUGUAUGAAGCGCUCACGUUGUACGGCGACGUGUGCUCAGUGCCGCAGGAUAAUAUCGAUCAGGUAAUGUCGAUUCUGGCUGAAACAGACUGGGAGCAAGAAGUUUCAGAGCUAAGGCCCAUAAGGAAUGAUCUAUGCGAUCUUAUGGACAUCAAGAGGCCUGUCUUAAAACAAAAGGCAGGCGCGUAAAUUGAGUAAAUGGAAUAGGCUCCAAUACUAACGCUUGAUAAUGAUUAGCUUUAGUCUAUUGAAUUGUUAAAGACCGAAUUAUUUACUAUUCGGUGAGAAUAAUUCGUUGUGAUUAUAGGUUGUAUCUCUAUAACAGUAUUCUUUUAAUUUCUUGCUUGUUUUGUAAAAUGUUCGGAAUUACUUCGAAAGUUGAUUUGCUGAACUAAAUUUAAUUAUUAUUUAAACGCCUAAUAAUUUUACUCAUUUAUUGAACUAGUGUUUCCACCAGUAUUUAAUUCGGUCUCUAAUUAUAAUAGAUUUGUUAGCAGCUGUUUCAGUUGCUGCAUAUUAUUCACUUUUUUACUGCUGAAGAUAAUUAUAUUUACUUGCUAAUGUGAUAAUAUAUCGUGCUAUGAACUUCUGUGUUAAGGUACGGUUUUACUGCGCGAGCUGUGUUGUUGGGAAUUAUGAUGUGUGAACGAAUGUUCGUUUGAAAUGUGCGUUUGUUUGAGAUGUUUAAACUUGUAAAAGCUGAUAAUGCUCAUGAUGAAAUGUGAUGUCCGCCAUCAUGACAUAUUUAUUGUGGUCGAUAAGAAUGUAAUUCACGAAUAAGACUGUUGGAAAUUUUGUAAAGAUGUUCCAAGGAUUGUUGACUCUGCUGGUGAAAACGUACCUUUACAGAAAUAUGAGAUUCAUAUUUUUAUACAGCUUAUCAGAAACGACAUUUGACACUUUAAUGAUGUUUUAACACGUUGCCAGAUAAUGAUUUGAACACGUUUUGCUAAUUGUGAUAACUGCGAGAUUCUCACACAAAUGUAUUAGUUGAUCUUGAUAUGAAAUGAUGCAUUUAUGUUACUCAAUGUAAUACUAAUAUACUUAUCUAUUUAUUUA